AUGGCUCCAUCACUCCUUUCCUUGGGUACCGCGGCUCUGGCCUUGGCCGGCAACGGUGCCGCUGUCCAGUGGUAUCUCGAAGACACCUACAACUCGACCAACUUCUUUGACAAGUUCGAUUUUAUGACCUUUGACGACCCCAACAGUGGAUAUGUCAACUACCUGGGUCGCACGGAAGCCAUCGAUGCCGGACUUGCCGCGGUUCAGAAUAAAGAGGUUGUCCUCAAGGUUGACAGCAAGACGACAAUAGCAAAAGGCGCAAAACUCCGUGGUCGUGACAGUGUGAGACUGGAGUCCAAGGCGAGACUCAACCAGGGCCUUAUGAUUGCCCGAUUCACUCACCUGCCUCAGAGCGCGUGUGGCACCUGGCCUGCCUUUUGGACCGUCGGUGAUACCUGGCCGCAGGAUGGCGAGAUCGACAUCAUCGAGAAUUGGAACCUCCGGGGCGUCAACAAUCCCGCCUUUCACAUGGCUAACACAGCCGCCUAUGGCAGUUGCAGGAUUGACAGCGCAGACCAAUCCGGCGGCCUCAUCACCCCCAACUGUGACAACCAAUACACAGACUACAGUACCCAGUGGCUUAACCAGGGCUGCGUCGUUAAGGAUAAUGGUCCUUCGGGUGGUAGUGGUGGCGUGUAUGCCAUGGAGUGGACCAGCGACUUCAUCAAGAUCUACUCGUGGUUCCCAAACCAGGUUCCCUCGAACAUUGGCUCUAGCUCUCCCGAUACUUCCUCUUGGGGUGCGCCGACCAUGUAUCUGAGGAAAGAUCUUUGCAAUAUCGACAAGAUCUUCAAGCCCCAGCGAAUUGUCUUGAACAUUGCUAUGUGCGGCAACCCCGUUGAAUUUUCAGCAUGGGAGGGCACCUGCAAGAACACGCAUGGUGACAGCUGCCGAGACUACGUUGGCCAGAACCCUGAUGCCUUUAAAGAUGUUUACUUCAAGGUUCAGGAUAUUCGCAUCUUCAACCAGGACGCCCCCAAGACUACUUCCACCUCCACUACUGCCACCACCAUGGCGUCGUCUUCCGCAUCCAAGUCUGAGAUUUCCACGACCUCUGCCACACCAAGCACAAAGGCCUCGUCCACGUCCAAGUCUGAGAUAUCCACAGCCUCUGCAACAUCCAAGUCUGAGAUUUCCACGGCCUCUGCCACACCAAGCACAGAGGCCUCGUCCACGUCCAAGUCUGUCAAGAACACCUCGACCUGGAAAUCAUCCAACUCAACCAUGAGCACGGUCUCCAAGAGCGCUGGCUCUGUUAGUGUCAGCAUUGCCUCCAAAUCCUCCGACUCUACUGUUCCGACCGUUUCUACCCAGGUUCCCGUCACCUUCUCAACCUCGGUGCCCAGCUUGUCAACGAGAUGGCCCAACUCCACAAUUGCCUCUUCCGUUGAAAUGACCACCUCGACUGUGUAUACCACCUCUACUCGUACCAUCACCAGCUGCCAACCAACCGUCACCAGUUGCUCCGUUGGCAAGGUCACCACUGUGACUCUCCCUCUGUACAUUACCAUCUGCCCCGUCUCUGCUGUCGAGACCAAGACUCCCGCCCCCAAGCCCACCAAGACUUCCGGCAACGGCGGUAACGGCGGUAACGGCCCUGAAAAGACUACCAUCACUACUAAGGUGACCAAGACUUAUACUAUUACCAGCUGCGCUCCCACCAUUACCAACUGCCCUGUUGGUAAGGUCACUACCGAAGUCUUUACUACCACGUACUGCCCCGGCGAGGAGACGGCGGUACCAACUGGCUCUAAUAGCGUUAACAACCCCAACGGUGGUAAUGGCGGUAACAUCCCCAACGGUGGUAACGGCGGUAACAACCCUAACAGUGGUAACAGCGGCAAUAACCCCAACGGUGGUAACGGCCUUGAUAAGACUACUAUCACUACCAAGGUGACCAAGACUUAUACCAUCACCAGCUGCGCUCCUACUGUCACCAACUGCCCCGUUGGUAAGGUCACUACCGAAGUCUUCACUACCACAUACUGCCCUGGCGAGACGGCGGUACCAACUGGCUCCAAUGGCGGUAACAACGGUAACGGUGGCAACAGCGGCAACAAUGGCAAUGGUGGUAAUGGCAACGGUGGUAACAGCGGCAAUGGUGGCAAUGGUGGUAAUAAUGGCAAUGGCGGUCAAAACGGCGGUAACAAUGGCAACGGCGGCAAGGGCCCUGACAAGAUCACAAUCACCACCAAGGUGACCAAGACUUACACCAUCACCAGCUGCGCUCCUGGUGUCACUAACUGCCCCGUCGGCAAGGUUACCACCGAAGUCGUCCCCACCACAUACUAUCCGGGCAAAGAGACACAUCCCGCUGAAGCAACUGGUCCAAAGGGCGGAUUCACCGCUCCGCCCCCCUUCCACCCUUCCAAGACCACCAUCUACAACACCCAGACAAUUGUUUCCGUUCCUCAGCCAGCCAAGCCCAGCGGCGGAAACAACAACAACAACAGCACCAGCAACGGCACCAGCAUCGCCCAACCCCAACCCGGACCCAGCGGCUCCCAGGCCUGUGUCGGGCCCUCGUGCGGCGCGCAGCCCAGCAGCCCAGCACCCAAUACCGACAACGGGGGCUGCACCGGUCCCAACUGCCCUCCCACUGUUGUCAGCGGUGCUGCCAAGCAGAGCCUGAGUGCCCUCGUUGUCCUCGGUGCUGUCGCCGCUAUGAUGCUGUAA